CUGAGUGCAGUAAUCAAAAUGGCUACCGAUGUGUCUGCCCCGCUCUCCCAAUCAAUGCUUAGUAAUGGCCAUAAUUUAAUGAUGAAUGGGGAAACAGACCCAAUUCAACCUGCCGAGAAGAAAAUGAGAGUUAAUGAAGAGGGGACAGCACGUGCGCGGUCUCCCUUGAGAGAAGUUGACCAGUCGGGCAGUCUCGUUCUGGGUGCUGGAGCGAAGAAAGAUGACAUAGUCCACCUCCUGGGUCAGAGCCUCCCACGCCUCUCCUCCGAUCAGAAGGAUGCCGUUGCUCGAAAGAAGUAUGCCAUGGAGCAGUCCAUCCGCCUGGUUCUCAUGAAGCAGACCUUGGCACACCAACAGCAGCAAGCGAAGUCUCUACAAAGACAUCAAGCUCUGGUGUUGAUGUGCCGUGUGUACGUUGGGAGCAUCAGCUUUGAGCUAAAAGAAGAUACUAUACGUCAAGCUUUUGUUCCAUUUGGUCCAAUCAAAUCCAUCAACAUGUCAUGGGAUCCAGUGACACAGAAGCACAAGGGAUUUGCGUUUGUUGAGUAUGAGAUGCCAGAGGCUGCACAGCUUGCCUUGGAACAGAUGAAUGGGGUGAUGAUUGGAGGCCGCAACAUAAAAGUCGGACGCCCAUCAAACAUGCCUCAGAAUUGGUCGACAGCACAGGGCCAUAGUGCCUGUGAUGUUGCACAACCGAGACAGCUAAUAACAAGGACAACUGAUGGUGCAAGUAUUAUGGCCCAGACGGUGAUAGAUGAGAUCACAGAGGAGGCAAAUUAUUACAACCGAAUCUACAUCGCUUCUGUCCAUCAAGACCUUUCUGAGACUGACAUCAAGAGUGUGUUUGAAGCCUUUGGCAAAAUUAAGCAAUGUAUGUUAACUCCAGGAACUACACCUGGCAAACAUAAGGGCUAUGGCUUUAUUGAAUAUGAGAAUUCACAAUCUGCACAGGAAGCCAUAGCUUCCAUGAACUUAUUUGACUUGGGUGGACAGUAUUUGCGUGUUGGGAAAGCAAUUACUCCUCCAGGAUCAUGUUAUGUGAGUUUUGGUGUUAAUGGUCCCCUAUCAGCACCAACACAAAUGCCAACUGCAGCAGCAGUGGCAGCUGCAGCUGCAACUGCAAAGAUUCAAGCUAUGGAUGCCCUUGCAACAAAUGCAAUUGGCCUAGUUCAGGGUCUAAGUAGCUCUCCCAACUCAAUGUCCCAGAUACCCCCUGUGGGUGUAGUUGGUAGUGUACCCCCCAUAGGGUCAGUAAGCAGUGUUUCCCCAGGGGGGGUAACAGUGCCACCUGUGGGUGUUGUUGGAGGAACACCACCUGUUGCUUCUGUCCCUCCUGUGGGUGUGGUCACUAGCCUGCCAACCAACAUAGGGACGUCCAGCUCUUCUGGGACUGCCAUUCCACCUCCAACAGUCCUCACAUCUCUACCUGUUCCUGGAUCCUCAGGAUCUUCUCCAGCCCCAUUGCCCUCUGCAACUUCAAAUGCUUCGACGCCAAGUGUUGCGGGAUCAACUCCGAGCUCAACUUCAAAUGCAUCUGCUGUUGGUGAAGAUCGCAAGCCCACUCAUCAAGAAGAAUUGGCCAAGAAGUUGAUGGAAGACAAUGAGCCACAAACAUUACAACAGCAGGAAACCAUGUCAAUUAAAGGACAGUCUGCUCGACAUCUUGUUAUGCAAAAGCUAAUGAGAAAAGCUGAGUCGAAUGUCUUAAUCCUACGCAACAUGGUUGGAGCAGAAGAGGUCGAUGAGCAACUACAAGAUGAAAUCACAGAAGAAUGUGGACGAUUUGGAACUGUCAACCAUGUCAUUAUCUAUCAAGAAAGGCAGUCUGAUGAAGAAGAUGCAGAAGUCAUCGUCAAAAUCUUUGUGGAGUUUGCAAAUCCCCAUGAAACCUCUACAGCACAAGAAGCCUUAAAUGGCCGAUACUUUGGUGGCCGGCUAGUUAAAGCAGAGUUGUACGACCAGAACAUGUAUAAUCACAAUGAUUUGUCAGGGUGAAUGUUGCAAAUUUAGCGACCAUUUCUUCUCUAAGGCAUUUUAGUCUGACGGUUGAUUCCUGUGUAAAUUAUAUAAAUAUAGAUCUAUAUAGUGAAAAAGCUAAUGUAAAACACACAAAAAAGAAGCUUUUUUUAUUAUUUUUACUUUUUUUUUUCUUUUUUAAUUACUGUUAUGAGUGUUACUUUCAUGAUUGCAUGAAUGGGAGGACUCGAGUUCCUACAAUGUGUCACGUCAUUUCUCACCGAUCAUCCCCCACUUCCUCUUUCUUGUUGUUUUAACCUCGUAAGGUUGAACGAUGUGUUCAUUUUGUUGUUUUUCCCUUUUUAUGGAUCCUAAUGUAUACCCGAAGCACCUUUGUGAAAGUGAUUAGAUGCUCCUCUGUUUGUCAAACAUUAUUUCCCCCACUUUUUUUGUACAUGUAAAUAUUAUACAUAUAAUAUAGAUAUAUAUUUUUUCUGAUUCUUUCCUGGGACUUGCAUUCAAGAUUUAUGAAGCAAACAGUUAUCAACAAUAAAAUGAAAUUUAGUGAAAUUAUAGAAAAAAGGGUUUAAUAUGAGUACAACUUUCACAUAAAUUUACUAUUGGAUUCCAGUAUUGAUAGAAAAAUAAAAGGAUAGGUCUUACACAGUCGCUAGUUGUUGAAAAGACAUAUCCCAUAACAGGAAAGAAAAAACAACAACAAAAAUGUAUUCGUAGUUGCUUGUAAAGUAGAUUUUUUUUUUCUAUUGAUUUGUAUUUCAUAUUAUUUUUAUAGUGCUUUUGGAGAAAGUUGUUGAUUGCACUUUGCAAACUGAUGCCCCCCAUUCCCUCACCCAAGCGUUGAAGUUAGGAUUGCCUUAUUCUCGUUAGGAAGCAAGGUGUAAGACAAUACGAAUCCUUAUUUGAAUUUCAUGUUGUGUCCGUUCACUAGCUAUUGAUUUCACAGAAUCCAUGCAAGGGAAAGAAAAACAUUUUGGGUAAUAUUUCUUAAGAAUGAAUUUUAACUAAUAAAUGAUAGAUUUAUA